AACAGGGGUUUUGGGGGUUUUAGGGUUGUAGGCCAACAUGGGGUGUCGAGUCGGAUUCGUCGGCGCCGGCGCCAUGGCGGAGGCGAUCGCGCGGGGCUUGUCCCGAGCAUCGAUCGUACCGUUCUCUAGGAUGAUCGCAGCCGAUGUGAGCGAGGCCCGGCGCCGCGUGUUUGAGCAAUUGGGCGUCAAAACUGUUGAAUCCAACCAUGAGGUUGCGAGCAGCAGCGAUGUCAUAAUUCUCGCAGUGAAGCCCCAGAUUGCUAGCAUCGUCGUCAAGGAUUUGAAGCCAAAGCUCACGGAAGAACACUUGCUUGUGUCGAUUGCAGCAGGCGUGACUUUGGAUCGCUUACAGGAAUGGGCAGGAGAGGCAAGAAUCGUGAGGGUAAUGCCCAACACUCCAUGUCUGGUGGGAGAGACAGCCGCUGCUAUGAGCCUGGGGUUGUUUGCGACGAACAAAGACGCUGAUCUCGUCAAGUCGCUCUUUGAGGCGGUGGGGAAAAUUCAUAUAGUCGACGAGAAGCUCCUCAACGCUGUGACGGGAGUAAGUGGUAGUGGCCCUGCUUAUAUCUUCCUCGUUAUAGAAGCUCUUGCUGAUGGCGGAGUGGCGGCUGGAUUGCCAAGAAACAUUGCCUUGUCACUCGCAGCACAAACGGUUUAUGGAUCGGCCAAAAUGGUGCUGGAAACAGGAAAGCAUCCGGGAUUGCUGAAAGACGAAGUAGCAUCUCCUGGAGGAACCACGAUAGCAGGACUGCACGAGCUCGAGAAAGGCGGAGUUAGAGCUGCAUUCAUAAAUGCUGUUGUUGCAGCGACUGAGAGAGGUGAAAAGCUUUCCAAGAUGUGAUCAAGUUAGAAAUACUGUCUCUUGUGUUUUGAAAACAAACAGAACAUGUUUUGCUAAAAGUUUUUCUCCA